AUGUCAGCUCUGAAGAAGGUGUUGCCAGGCAUACUGCAGAAGCAUUGCUGUAUCUUACCAGACAGGAACACAGAAUCACAGUGCACACUGUGUGGUGAACCAGAAGGUGAGAGCGGGGGCGACAAUGCUGAGCCAGGGGCAACAUGUCCUGGCCCCUAAGAGGAGGAUGCAGACCAGCAGUAUUCAUGGUCACCCUCGCAGUACUUCGAUGAGGACAGCUACUCCCCUCCACCCAGGAACAUGAAGGGUCUCUCUGGCGGCCGCCCUGCCCAGCUCCAGCUCACCUCUCCCACCUCAGCCCACACCUGCGGCCUGGCUGAAUGCGACCAUUCCCUGGACCACCACCUCCAUCAUGGCGACUCACGGCCCCCCUCCUACCUUCUCAGCCCCACUGAAAGCUGCCCCCUUGAGGGUCACCACCGCUGUUCCCCACGGAGCUCCAUCCACUCUGAGUGCAUGGUGAUGCCGGUGUCCAUGUCGGCCACUGACCACUCCAUCUCUAGUAGCACUUUCCCCCGCAUGCACUACGGUAGCGCUUCACGGGACAGCGGUGGAAACACUUCUGGUGGCAGGGACUCCAGAGACGACGGUGGCUCAUCCUCACACGGUGGCAGCGGCAAAAUGAACCGAAUCCCAGCAAACCUCCUGGACCAAUUUGAAAAGCAGAUGCCGCUGCACCGGGAUGGCUUCCACACAUUGCAGUACCAACGCACCUCCACCACAACCACAACUACAGAGCAGCGCAAUGAAAGCCCCGGGCGAAUACGCCACUUAGUUCACUCGGUGCAGAAGCUUUUCACAAAGUCGCACUCUCUAGAAGGAUCCUCCAAAAUGAAUGGCACCAAAAGCGACUCACACCGGGACUCGCACCACCACCAUCACCACCACCAAGGCCACCACAAACACAGCAAACGCAGCAAGAGCAAAGACCGUAAAUCUGAAGGCAGCGGCAAGCAGCGCUCUGGAGGUUGGUGGAGCUCGGACGAUAACCUGGAUAGUGACAGCACGUACAGAACACCGAGCAUCAUGUCGCGGCAUCCUGUGGACCACAUCAGCCACUGCUACCCUGACUCCAUGCACGGCCACCUGGCAGGAGACCUAUCGCUAAAGACCUCCAAGAGUAACAAUGACGUCAAAUGCUCAGCUUGCGAGAGCAUAAGCAUGGCGCCAGAGGGCAAGUUCAUGAAGAGGAGCUCCUGGUCAACGCUAACGGUCAGUCAAGCCAAGGAGGCCUACAGGAAGUCAUCACUCAACCUGGAGAAGCCCAUGACACCCACUGACCUCAAGCCCAACCUCAGGCCCUGUCACUACCUACAGGUGCCCCAGGAUGAGUGGGGGGGUUACCCUGGCGGCGGGAAGGAUGACGAGAUCCCUUGUCGUCGGAUGCGGAGCAGCAGCUACGUUAAAGCCAUGGGGGAUGAGGAGAGCGGAGAGUCAGACUCCAGCCCCAAGACAUCGCCUCAGAGGUCGGUGCGGCCAGACGCCCUGGUCAAGGCCAUCAUCAGACCCAGGGACCUGUUAGACUCUCAGAGUCAGAGCUACCACUUGCAAGCCACCAGGGACAUGCACCCAAGCAUUGCCUUGGAUCCCUCUGCCAACUACAACUCACCCAAGUUUCGCUCCAGGAACCAGAGCUAUAUGCGGGCCGUCAGCACCCUCAGUCAGGCUAGCUGUGUUAGCCAAGUGAGUGAAACAGAAAUAAAUGGCCAGUUUGAGUCAGUGUGCGAGUCUGUGUUCAGUGAGGUGGAAUCCCAGGCCAUGGAGGCUUUGGACCUCCCCGGCUGCUUCCGAACCCGGAGCCACAGCUACCUGCGAGCCAUCCAGGCCGGCUACUCCCAAGACGAUGACUGCAUCCCCCCCAUGGCCUCCACUGUCACCUCCACCAUCAGGUCCACCACAGCCAUCACCUACACACCCAACUACAAGAAGACUCCUCCUCCGGUCCCACCGCGCACCACCUCCAAACCCCUCAUCUCCAUCACAGCCCAGAGCAGCACCGAGUCCACCCAGGACGCUUACCACGAGGGGAGACAUCCUCAUGGUGGGAUGUGGGCCCCUGAUGGUCUCAGCCUGGGGCUGAGACCAGGCAGGGCGCUCUAUAACUCCACUGACAGCCUGGACAGCACCAAGGCCGUGACUAUAGCCAUGGAGGCGGCCGGAGUCAUGGCCGGAAAAAGACACCCGUCCACAGACAGCCACAGCUCGGUGCUCACCUGUGACAAGGCCAUCUUGGUGUCCAAGGCUGAGGAGUACCUCAAGACACCUCGGUCGUCUAUAGGGAUACAGGUGGAAGCAGCCACAGACUCUGAAUCUGAAAGCAAAGGCUUACGGGAGUACCACUCUGUUGGGAUCCAGGUAGAAGAUGACAAGAAAGGACAGGGCAGGUUCAAACGCUCCAACAGCGUGACUGCAGCUGUGCAGGCUGACAUGGAGUUGGAGGGCUUCCCUACCAUGGAGGACAAAGGCCUGCAGUUUGGUGGGGGCUUCCAGCGUCACUCAGAGCCCAGCACGCCUACACAAUAUGGGGCCGUGCGAACCGUUCGCACCCAGGGGCUCUUCAGCUACCGUGAAGAUUACCGUACCCCUGCUGAACCCCCCAGCCCCAGGGAGACGACCAGUGAGACCACCUGGCAGCUGGAACCCCCCUCCCCACGGGAGAGCGCAGUCUCGUCAGGCGAGUCGGGAAGGGCGUCCCCCUCCCUGCGGAGGGAUGGGAGCUGGUUCAUGCAACUGCUCCACGCAGAGACCAAGAGGAUGGAGGGCUGGUGCAAAGAGAUGGAGGCAGAAGCUGAAGAGAAUGACCUGACAGAGGACAUCCUAGGCAAGAUCCGAAGUGCAGUGGGAAGCGCUCAGCUGCUCAUGUCUCAGAAAUUUCAGCAAUUCUACUGGCUGUGUCAGCAAAACCUGGACCCUAGUGCCAUGCCGCGGCCCACCUCUCAGGACCUGGCCGGGUUCUGGGACCUACUGCAGCUCUCCAUCGACGACGUCACCAUGAAGUUUGACCAGCUGCAGCAGAUCAAGAACAACAACUGGAGGCCCGUCGACAGCCCAGAGAAGAAGGUGAGAAGAAAGGGUCCACCAGCUCCUGUACCAAAGAAGACAGUUCGACAGAGGAGUGCGGUGACCAGGGAGAAAUCCUUAGACCUCCCAGACAGACACCGACAAGAGGCCCGUCGGCGGCUCAUGGCAGCCAAGCGGGCAGCCUCUUUCCGGCAGAACUCAGCCUCGGAGCGAGCGGACAGCAUCGAGAUUUAUAUUCCCGAGGCUCAGACUAGACUUUGA